AUGGCUGCUUUACGAAGAGUCCGAUCCAAUAAUUCUUCCAAAAGAAAGUCGUUUCGUCAAAGACAGUGCCGUCGCAAGACAAAUAUAAUGAAAAAGGCAUCUGAAUAUAGUAAGAUGUGUGAUGCCGAUGUAUGCAUAAGUAUUCGCAUACGGGAGACGGGUCAGAUACAUAUUUUGUCUGCGGAUACUUCGGGAUUUUGGGCUUUUCUUCCUUUGCAACUGGGCUCCUAUUACCUAACCCCCACUGUGAUAACGGAUCGCGAUUUAAAGAAAGCCAAACAAGAUACUGCUUCCAAGGACUCACUAUAG